UGUGCCACGUGCACAUAACCUCACUGUCCUACACGAGCACAUAACCUCACUGUCCUACACGAGCACGUUUGACUACCUGACAGGUUGCUCUGUGCGGGGCGAGAGAGGAGGAAUCUCUCGAAGGUUUCGACCGCAGCUGCUGAGUAACCUCCUGCAGAGUAACCAGAGGUGGCCAUACACUUGGAACUUUUAUUUAGCGACCACGAUGACUCUGAAGUCAUUCGACAUCGACGCGCCGCGAUGGGACCAGUCGACGUUUAUGGGCCGAGUGAACCACUUCUUCAACAUCACAGACUGGCGAACGGCGGCCCUACCUGACUCUCGCUUGGAUGGAGCCAAAGCUUUAGUAGAAUCCUGCAGGGCCGGAUCGGUCCCUCCCGGCACCACAGAGGAGCAGCUCCACUAUGCUAAGAAGCUGUACGACUCGGCCUUCCACCCCGACACCGGAGACCGCAUGAACCUCAUCGGCCGCAUGUCCUUCCAGGUGCCCGGAGGCAUGGCCAUCACCGGCUUCAUGCUGCAGUUCUACAGGACAGUUCCUGCUGUGGUAUUCUGGCAGUGGGUGAAUCAGUCCUUCAACGCUCUGGUCAACUACACGAACCGUAACGCUGCCUCCCCCAUCACUCCCAAGCAGAUUGGAGUAGCCUACGUCACAGCGACCAGCACUGCGUUAGCAACAGCAGUGGGACUCAACCUCUUCACAAAGAAAGCUCCGCCUCUCGUGGCUCGCUGGGUCCCCUUUGCAGCGGUGGCAUCUGCCAACUGUGUCAACAUUCCCAUGAUGAGACAACAGGAAAUUCUGAAUGGCAUUGCUGUCACGGAUGAAAAUGGCAACAAACUGGGCCACUCUACGAAAGCGGCAGUGAAAGGCAUCACUCAGGUGGUCGUCUCUCGGAUUACCAUGGCUGCUCCAGGAAUGAUCAUCCUCCCCAUCAUCAUGCAGAGAAUGGAAAAAUAUAAGUUCAUGCAGAGAAUCACGUUUCUCCACGGACCCAUUCAAGUGAUGAUGGUGGGAGCGUUUUUGGUCUUCAUGGUGCCUGCUGCCUGCUCCCUGUUCCCUCAGAGAUGCUCUAUGGCCGUGUCCAAGCUGGAGCCCGAGCUGAGAGACUCCAUUGUGUCUCAGUAUGGAGACGCUGUACAACGUGUCUACUUCAACAAAGGCCUCUGAGGCUGUGAGAGCUGAUUAUCUACUCGCCACACAAGAUCGAAUACAUAACAACUGCUGGAUUUCUUUUUCUUUAAACCAGUUUUACUUUAAAACCAGAUAAAUACUUCUAUGGGUCUAAACUCUGAAACGGUCAUUCAGUGUGGCGUGGAAGUUCUGUGUGGUAAAAGUGGAAGAUACUGCCCUCUUCUGCCAGAACAGAGGUAGACGUACGACUUGUUUGCAUGAUUUAUCUGAAAGGUUUACCAGUCGGAUCAUGUCGCUGUGUGUCAACUCACAUUUGUGCCACAAUCAUCAGUAUAAACUGGAAUAAAACCACAAAUAUUUGAAAUGUA